AUGAUUAACUUUUGCUACACCACUGCUAUCGUAGCAACACUCUCAUUCAAUUCCAUUGCAACAGCCGAAUGCACACGCGCAGGCCUCCUGUCCGCCGCGCAGUCGUACCUCGCCGCCCAAACCGCAGGCAAGCCUGGCGCUCUCGCCCUGGCCACGACGAACUUCACCUACCAGCAAAACAACAAAGUUUUGGACAUUGCUAAAGGCCUCUUAAGUACGCCAUACGCUAUAACACUGAACCGAUCAACCGCCGACACCGUUGCGUGCGCCUCCUACACAAUGUGGAUCAGCACCAGCGGUGCCAAACCAUUCGUCGUAUCCACACAGCUGCGCCACGCGAACAACGAUACCGGUACGAUUAGCAUGAUCGACACCGUCGCCGCAACAACCGGGGAUUUGUUCUUCGACGCGAAAAAGACCUUAGGAUACAUCCAGAAAGAAGAUUGGAGCGACAUUGCCGAGGGGCAGAGGCCGAGUAGAGAACUUUUAAAGAAAGUCGGUGAUGCGUAUUUAGAUAUGUGGACGGAUAAGAAUGCGGCGGAUAGUAUUCCGUGGGGAACGCAGUGUGAGAGGGUGGAGGGGAGCUCAUAUACGAGUCCUUGUGGCGCAUCGCUUCCACGCGGUGGUAGUGCGAAGAAGAAUGGCUUGAGGCGAUAUGUGAUUGAUGAGGUUAUGGGUAGUGUUGACGUGCUAUGUCAGUUUGAUAGUUUGGGUGCGUGGCCGGAUAGUCAUGAGAUCAGAGUCGUCGAUGGUAAAGUGAAGUAUGUCCAUACUGUGACGGUAAUGAGGGGCGUUGGAACGUGA